AAAGUGUGUGCGUCACUUCCGCUUAUGGUCAAAAAUGGCGUCCUCCACGACGGGAGACGGCGUGAGUGAAGCUCAAUCUGGGAAAAAAUCGAAAAAGACUAAAAACCAGGUGAAUGAAGCUGAACUCCUGACCGUACCCGAUGGAUGGAAAGAGCCAGAGUUCACCAGAGACGACAACCCCCGCGGUCUGCUGGAGGAGAGCAGCUUCGCCACCCUCUUCCCCAAAUACAGAGAAGCUUACCUGAAAGAGUGCUGGCCACUGGUGGAGAAGGCUUUGGGAGAGGCACACAUCAAAGCCUCUCUGGACCUGAUAGAGGGAAGCAUUAGUGUUUGCACCACUAAGAAAACGUUUGACCCUUAUGCCAUCAUGAGAGCCAGAGAUCUCAUCAAGCUGCUCGCCAGGAGUGUCCCAUUCGAACAGGCUGUGCGGAUAUUACAGGACGACAUGGCCUGUGACAUCAUCAAGAUCGGAACCCUGGUGAGGAACAGAGAGCGGUUUGUGAAGCGAAGGCAGCGGCUGAUCGGUCCGAAGGGCUCCACCCUAAAAGCAUUAGAAUUGUUGACCAACUGCUAUGUGAUGGUGCAGGGCAACACAGUGUCGGCCCUGGGGCCCUACGGCGGCCUGAAGGAGGUGCGUAAAGUGGUCAUGGACACGAUGAAAAACAUCCACCCCAUCUACAACAUCAAGACACUAAUGAUCAAACGGGAGCUUUCCAAAGACCCUGACCUGCGGGUGCAAAGCUGGGAACGCUUCCUGCCUAAGUUCCGCCACAAGAACCUGGCCAAGCGCAAGGAGCCCAAGAAGAAGAGUGUGAAGAAGGAGUACACACCGUUCCCCCCACAACAGCCAGAGAGCAAGGUUGACAAAGAGCUGGCCACAGGAGAGUUCUUCCUACGUGAAAGUGUGAAAAAGAGGAAGAGGAUGGAAGAGAUCAAGGUGAAACAAGCAGAAGCACUGACCAAAAAGCAAGAAGAGCGGAACAAAGCUUUCAUUCCUCCUAAAGAGAAGCCGUUAAUGAAGAAGACCGCUAAAGCUCCUGUGGAAGGUAAGCUGGACAUCGAAGCCAUCAAGGACAAAGUGAAAAAAGCCAAAACCAAGAAACUGGGCGCUCCACCAGUGAACCCAGCUCCUCCCACCAGCAGCACCACCGACAAAAAGAAAAAGAGCAAAACAAAAAACAAAGGCUAACCACCGACA